CGCACCCCGGGCGAGCGCUCGCCCCCGCUGGGCUGCUAAGCCGCGCUCGGAUGGAGGGCCCCCGAGGCGCUGUCCCUGCGCUCCGCCGUCGGCUCGGGCUGAAAAAGUUUCCCCAUGGUUCCUUUGUGUAGCCCGAGCGCCCGUUCGCUGGCCGCGAGCUGCCCCAGUCUUCCCGGCGGGAGGAGGUGGCGGAGCAGCUAGUGGGCAGCUGGUGCCCCCCCCCCCCGCCCCCAGCACAGGCCUCCGCCCCAGGGGCUAGCCCCGCACUGCACCCGCUCGCCAUGAUCGCCACCGGCGGCCUGCUGAGGAUUUCCGCCAGAAAGCAGGAUCCCCUCCGCCCCCCGAGCCAGGUUCCCAAGCGCAAGCGGAAAGCCAGGAAGAGGCGCAAGAACGACGUGGUGGUGGUGAAAGGCAAGCUGAAGCUGUGCUCCGUCUCCGGGCUCAUCGCCCUCUGCGGGAUCCUGGUGCUGCUGGUGGGCAUAGCCUUGGCGGUGGUGGGCUACUGGCCCAAGGCCAACGGGACCAAUAGGGAGGGGGGUAAGCAGCUGCCGCCUGCGGGUAGCGGCCACCGCGUCCCCACCAUGACCAACAGCAGCAGCAGUGGCAGCAGAAACCGGUCCAGGAAGCACCAGGGGCCUCCGGAGGGUGUCACCGCCAGUUCCGUGGGCGCGCCCAGGAGCACGCCUCCAGCACGGUCCCCCGCGCCCUCUUCGUCCUCCUCUAAGUCCGUGGGCUUCUUCUUCCGCAUCUUCUCCGGCUACCUGCACUCGGACAAGCUCAAGGUCUUUGGGCCCCUCAUCAUGGGCAUCGGCAUCUUCCUCUUCAUCUGCGCCAACGCAGUGCUCCAUGAGAACCGGGACAAGAAGACCAAGAUCAUCAACCUGCGGGACCUCUACUCCACCGUCAUCGACGUGCACAGCCUCCGCGCCAAAGACCUGGCGGCCGCCGCGGCUGCUGCCGCCGCCGCCGCCGCCUCCUCGUCCUCCGCCCCCGCCUCGGCGCCCCCAGGGGCCGCGCCGCUGAACGGCUUCCUCAGCUACGUGCAGUCGCGGGGCCUGGAGCUGAAGCCCGGAGGCUGCGGCGGCGCCGGGGACGCCUUCGGGGCGACGGCGAUGCUGGGCAGGGGUGCGUGGCCCCACCCCGCGGCGCUGGGCGGGGGCGGGGCCCGGGGCGCCGCGUCCCCCCCAGACCUGGCCUCGUCCCCGCGCCGCCCGCGGGAGCCCCAGAGCCUGGCGGAGGCCGUGUACAGCAUCUACCGCGAGCGCUCCGGCGUGGCCGGCCGUCGCCGGGCCGCCGCGGCCGCCAGCAGCAGCAGCAGCCCGGCGCCCUGCAGCCCCCCCGAGAGCUGGGGGCGCCAGAGCACCGCCAGCUCCCUCGUGGGCUCCUCGCUGAGCGCCUUCGCGCUGCUGCCCCCGCCGGGGGACCGCGACGGAGACGGGGACGCAGCGGGCGCGAGCCGCGGCUGGCAGCGGGCGCCCGGGGAGCGCGGCUCCCGGGAGAUCCCGCGGGGCGAGCUCGACCUGAGCUUGACCGACCUCCGCGGCGCCCGGGGCGGCGCGCGCUGGGCGCCCCGCGAGCCGGAGAAGCCGGCGGGCGCGGCGGCCGCGCGCACCGCCAGGGGGCAGGGUGGCCGCCUGCCCAGGACCAGCAGGUACGCGGCCCUGCGACGCCGCAGCACCAGCGGGCUCCCGGACUACCGGGCGCCCUCGUCCCCCGAACCCCCGCCCGCCUCGCGCAGCGCGGACCUGGACUCGAGCGUCCCGGCCCCAGCUGCCUCCCCCGAGCCCCCGCUUCGGCGGGAGCGCUCGCCCCCCGCCGGGCCGGACUCGCCGAGCUCCCAGUCGGAUGACCCGUCCUGCAGCAAUAAGGGCUACACCCCCCUGCGGGAGGCCGGCACCUCCCUGGAGUCGGUGGUGGACCCGGUGGCUGGUGAAAGUCCAGACGGUGAGGCCGCCACCUCCCCGGGGGCGGAGCAGAGCCCCCCGGAGGGUCCCGGCCAGGAGCCCAUAGCGGGCGAGCCCCCCCAGCGGGUGCAGAGGCAGUUUACAAACGAGGAGAAACUCUUCAUGAUUUCCCGAUCUCACGCCCCAGGGGUCGAGGACGGAGAACUGGAAACUACUGGCAUUUAGGGAAAGAGGAGGCGAGAAAAGAGUGAGAAAAUAGGAGAAACGCCCGCUUGAAGCAGUGAGCUUAACAGUUCCCUCUGUCCUUGGGGAUUUAUCCGAGGAAAUCGUCCACUACCCAAAGAGCUGCAGAAUGUUAGCCUUGAAUUGCGUUCACGAGAUUCCUGUAGAUAACUCCAAGCAAUUUUUUUAAACAAAAGCAAACUAGUCUUAUAUGUCCGAUGGUGAUUGUAUGUUCUAUGAAAACCAAAUGUAUUAAAAGGUCAGCAAUCUA